UGCUCAGCCAGGAUUUCUGCUUUGCAAGCUCCAUUGCUCGCAAAGGGGCACAGACGGAGGCCUAAGUGUCGGUCCAGCUCUUAAUCCAUAAAGCAACCCUGCCAGGACCCCCCACAAAGCAGGUGACAGUUCAGAGAGGACGAGUGAGGGGACACCUCAGCGGAGGAUUGUUGGGAGGUGCCAGAUGGAAAAAGAAGGAAAAGGAGAGACUAAAUUGAUGUAAAAAGGAAGAAUGGAUCUUCUGCUUCUCAGCAUGGAAUAAAAAAAAAAAUGCAGAAAGAAAGAGGCCUGUGUCCUCAGCAUAGGAAAAACUGAAGUUCUGAAGCAAGCUUUCAACCUCAGUGAGAAAUGUAUGCAGCGGAGAAACCACAUACAUGCUUGGAGUGUGGAAAAAGCUUCAGCACAAGUGAACAUCUUACUAUACAUCAUAGAACCCACACUGCGGAGAAGCCAUAUGAAUGCUUGGAGUGUGGAAAGAGCUUCAGCGAGAAGGGAGCUCUUACUUUACACCAAAGAACCCACACAGGGGAGAAACCGCAUAAAUGCUUGGAGUGUGGAAAGAGUUUCAGCCAAGGUGGACAUCUUACUAUACAUCUUAGAACUCACACUGGGGAGAAGCCAUAUGAAUGCUUGGAGUGUGGAAAGAGCUUCAGCCAGAGGGGAGCUCUUACGUUACACCAAAGAGCCCACACGGGGGAGAAACCACAUAAAUGUUUGGAGUGUGGGAAGUCCUUCAGUCAACGUGCACAUCUUAGUAAACACCAUAGAAUCCACACUGGGGAGAAACCGCAUACAUGCUUGGAGUGUGGAAAGAGCUUCAGCCAGCGUGGACAUCUUAAUAAACAUCACAGAACACACACUGGGGAGAAACCGCACAAAUGUGUGGAGUGUGGAAAGAAAUGCAGCUCUACUGGGGCUCUCCUUUUACACCGUAGAACACACACUGGAGAGAAACCGCAUAAAUGCUCAGAAUGUGGCAAGACCUUUAGCCAGCGCGCCCAUCUUACCAGACACCAUAUAACCCACACUGGGGAGAAGCCACAUAAAUGCUUGCUGUGUGGAAAGAGCUUCAGGAUGCAUGGACAACUUACUAUACACCACAGAACCCACACUGGGGAGAAGCCGCAUAAAUGCUUGCAGUGUGGAAAGACCUUCAACCAGAGCGGACAUCUUACUAAACACCUUAGAACCUGUUGGAGAUAUAGUUCCUAUAGCAUUGACUCUUUGCAGCUUCUGUCUUAUUGACCACUAAGGGCAUUAGGAAUAGAGACAGCAAUGGAAUUCCCCUGUGUUCUGUUCCUUGUCUCUCUGGGCUGCUCUGAUUGGUUGACUGAUAUUCUUAGCAAUCAUGCAUGAAUGGUCUCCUCUGCUAAGCAGGGUCCACCCUGGUUUGCAUUUGAAUGGGAGCCUGCAUGUGUGAGCACUGUAAGAAGAGGGGAUUUGGGCCUUUCUGGGAAGGGCACCUGCAUGCUUGCAUGUGGAAGGUUUCAGGUUAUCUCCUUGGCAUUUCCAAGAUCAGGCUGACAGAGACUCCCACCUGUUCUUGGAGAAGCUACUAUGUAUAGACAAUACUGAGCUAGAUGGACCAAUGAUCUGACUCUUUCGAUGGCAACUCCCUACCCCAGGAGUUCAUAAGCUUUAAGGACUAUCCAAUCGACAUCAUUUCCCCCCUUUUUUGAAGCUGAAAUACUUGUCUCAAAGUCCUCUUGAUGGGCUUGGUUCUUCUCACACAGGCAUACCCUGCUACAUUUAGUGCCCAUUGAAAUACCUCUCUCUCCAACCAGGUUAUGGGCCCAGGUCCCAGUUCAUGAGAGAACUGCCCAGAUAAUUAAAAGGAUUUGCAAGAGAGAGCACAAAGCUUUCAGCAUGGAUACAAGACAAAGAUCUCCAGUAACUGGGGAACCAGAAGGUCCUGAAUUUGAGCUGUGGUCUUCCAAAAUUGGAGUCCUCUUGAUAAGUCGCGGACUUAACAGUGUCUUGCAAACUCAGCAGCUGGCAGAAUUUGGAGAAGAAUGAAAGGCUUGGGACGGGGAUGAUGAGAAAGCAAUUGGGAUGAUCUGCUUGGUGGGAGGAGAUCCAUAAGGUGGAAUCUGGGUGCCAAACGUCUCCAUCCCUCAACAUGGAGAUAUUUUUCGGAGCUGCCUUGGAGCAGGGAUUAAAGAUAGAAAAGGAAGAUUCGGAUGGCCAAAAAGCAGGAAAAGGACCCAAGGCCACCCAGGCAGGGAGCAGCAAGGAAUUCUGGGAAAGAGCUGAGCAGAAGAUGCUGGGAGUGGAAGAGGAUGCCACCAGCCCAGGUGUGCAGCAUCAAAGGUUCAGGCAGCUCUGCUACCGGGAGGCCGAGGGGCCCCGAGAGGUUUGCAGCCAACUCCACAGGCUUUGCUGCCGGUGGCUGAAGCCGGAAAGGCACACCAAGAAGCAGAUCGUAGACCUGGUGGUGCUGGAGCAGUUCCUGACCAUCCUGCCGGUGGAGAUGGAGAGCUGGGUCAGAGAAUGCGGAGCGGAGACCACUUCCCAGGCGGUGGCUCUGGCCGAAGGUUUCCUCCUGAGCCGGGCAGAGGACCAGAAGCCGGAAGAGCAAGCUGUGAGAAAGCGGCUUAUCCUGCAAAGUGCAAAGGGCCAGGAGACCCUAAAACAAGGCAGAAGCUGCCCCCCAAACUUGGGAAUCACUCAAAGUGAUGAUCUACCCACCACUACCUUAGGGUUAGGGGCUUUCUUGGAAACCAGGUAACGAGGAGGUGCUACUGAGAUCUUGUAGGUGCGGCAAUAAACCAGGCAGUUUCCCAGGCAAGUCACACCCACAGAUGUAAGAAUCCAAUUUAAAAAUAGAUUGUGUCAAAUACCGAGUGAGGCUUGGAUCCUAUGAACACGCAGGGCAUUUCCACAUGACACAGAACCCUCAAGGUGGUUCUCGUGAUCUGACUACAUUCAGGGAAAGGAGGGAGGGCAGGGUGGUUAAAAGAACGGGGAAGAAGGGAUAGCGUGCUCCGAAGAACUUAAGAUUGCAAAGUAGUGAGAGAAAUUGACUAGAGGAGGAACGGCUUCCUUGAUUUACUGCCAUUCUCCCGUGGAAUGGAAUCAGAGAGUAUAAGUGGAGAAGGAAGUGGCUUCCUGUGGUCUUGGAAGCUGGCCCAAAGGAGGGUUGAUUGGGCUUUGAAAUGGUAUGGGGCGGAUGCCAAGGAACAAGGAUAACCAAAAGGAUUGAAGUGAUGAGUAUAGUAGGGAUCCAAUGGAUGCCCCCUGGUGUUAAGAGAGAUUUGGAGGGGGGAGCAUUUAUCUACUCCCCCCACAGUGGGCAUGGACAAGUAAGGCGAGCACUGCUAAUUAAUUAAUAUGGUCUGGAGACAGGGAGUUAAAGUUCCAAGUAAAGUAGGAAAUACAUUAGAUAGGACAGGCCUACGUGCCUAGCUGCUUGCUACAUCAGGAAGGGAAGGAGGAAGAGGAAGUCUGUCUCUCAGACUCUCUGAGAUUGAAAAUAAAAUGGCUAAUAUUAUAACACCCUUAUACAAAACGAUGGUGUGGCCACACCUGCAGUACUGCGUACAAUUCUGGUCACCACAUCUAAAAAAAGGACAUUGGAGGACUGGGAAAGGUGCAGAAGAGGGCAACCAAGAUGAUCAGGAGCCUAGAGCACCUUCCUUGUGAGGCAAGACCACAACACCUGGGGCUAUUUAGUUUAGAAAAAAAGACGACUGCGGGGAGACAUGAUAGAGGUCUAUAAAAUCAUGCAUGGCGUGGAGAAAGUGGAGAAAGAGAAAUUCUUCUUCCUCUCCCAUAACACUAGAACCAGGGGUCAUCCCAUGAAAUUGAUUGCUGGGAAAUCUAAGACCAACAAACGGAAGUACUUUUUCACACAACGCAUAAUCCACUUGUGGAAUUCUCUGCCACAAGAUGUGGUGACAGCCAACAACCUGGAUGGCUUUAAGAGGGGUUUGGAUAUUGUAAACCGCCCUGAGCCAUUUUGGAAGGGCAGUAUACAAAUCAAAUCAAAUCAAUCAAUCAAUAAUAAAUAGCUUCACGGAGGAGAAGUCUUUCAACAGCUACUAGUCAGAGAACUACAGGCCACCUCCAGCCUCAGAGGCAGGAUGCCUCUGAGUACCAAUUGCAGGGGAGUAACAACAAGAGAGAGGGCAUGCCCUCAACUCCUGCCUGUGGGCUUCUCAGAGGCAUCUGGUGGGCCACUGUGUGAAACAGGAUGCUGGACUAGAUGGGCCUCCUUGGGCCUGAUCCAGCAGGGCUGUGCUUACGUCCUUAUGUCUAACAAAGGGGAAGUAGAGGAGAGAAGGCGUCGUCAGAGAGGGGAUUCCCUCGCUCACUGUCUCUAUCCCUAGAGCCCAGACUGCUCAACAGGGUUUCUGGAGCCCUCAGAAGCCGCAUCUCCAACACUUGGCUGAGGGAUUCUCCUGGAAGCUGCUUUCUUGGGGUUUCUGCCCUGGACUGGGGCUCCUUCCAGACGUAACAAAAAUCUUCCAGCCCAGCCUAACAAGUCUCAAGCGGGGCCGGCAUACACACAAAUGCACACGCAUAUCCAGGGGGUGGGAUUCCCAGAAAUGGAGGAGAGAAGAACUCCCUAGACAACCUGUCUGACGUGGUGGAGGAGGAAGCCAGACUCUUCGGGUGGGGCGACCGGAAGCAAUUCAGGGUGGCCACAGCCUUGGCACGGGCCUUUUGGCUUGCUCCUCUUAGAGGGCGAAAAAGAUGCUUCUAGAAGGGAGGGCGGCAUGCAAGUGUGGGACUUCAGCUGAAUCGGUCCCUCUGGAAGCUUCUGGCUGAGAACAACGGGGGUUUCAAGUUCGCUUUUACUAAAUGGUGGGCUUUCCCGAGCCUGGAAGCCGAAGGUUUACCCUCGGGAUUUUGGCCUGUUGACUCUGGAGAUUUGCAUUGCCCAGGAGGGGUGACUGAGGACCACAGGGGAGGUGUUCAGCUGUGGGGUAGGGGGAGGUAAACCCUGGUUGCUUGUGUAGAACUAUAGGAAAGGCUAUUUUCAAUGGUCAAAACUGACCAGACUGACCAGCUUGGCCAAAGUUUCAGGUAAAAAGCAGGCUUUUUCAAGGUCUACGGGCUAGAGUGGUUUCCAGAAAGCGAGCCAAACAAAGCAAACAUUUUAGGACAUAGGAAGCUGCCAUAUACUGAGUCAGACCCUUGGUCUCUCUAGCUCAGUAUUGUCUACCCACACUGGCAGCGGCUUCUCCAAGAUGGCAGGCAGGAAUCUCUCUCAGCCCUAUUUUGGAGAUGCUGCCCAGGAGGGAUUUUGAACCCUUCUGCUCUUCCCGGAGCGGCUCCACCCCCUGAGGGGAAUCUCUUACAGCGCUCAUACUUCUAGUCUCCCAUCCAUAUGCAACCAGGGCAGACCCUGCUUAGCUAAGGGGACAAGUCAUGCUUGCGACCACAAGACCAGCUCUCCUCCAUAUGGUUUGACCAGAGGGCGAACCAAGCCUCAAAAGGGGGGAGUGAUGCCCACCCCCAUGUAAGGUCACUAAGCUAAAGUGCGGACCUGGCAGUCAGUUACCUGCUUAGCUGCUUGCUUGCAACAGAUAAACUCUUUAAGUGUAUGAAUCACCCCUGUUUCCCAUAAGAAAGAAGGAAGAAAUGGCUCUUUGUGCUGUAACCUCGGGAGAUAACCGAAUACACAGACAACUUACACUAGGAGCUCAGAGGGAUAGUGUAUGUUAAAUAAUGUUAGCCUAUGUUUCUUUAAAUCAGGUGGCCCUCCUGCAGAUGUUGGCCUACAAUUCCCAUAAUCCCUAGCUAUCAGCCUCUGUGGCUGGGGAUUAUGGGAGUUGUAGUCCCAAAACAGCUGGAGGGCGAAGGUUCCCCACCCCUGAUCUAAAUGCUUCAGAACUAUCAGGGAUGGGAGGAGGAAGCCAGGGGAAGGCUGGGGUGAUGAAUUUUGCAAGCUUUUCUAUGUAAGACUGAUGCGAAGUUUGCUCUGUGUGCUUGCUUUGGGAGCGAUCCCCUGCACCUUUAUGCUGCGCAGAAUAAACUCGGGAGGAUUUCCA